AUGACUAGCGACGACCAGUUCUUCUUUGACUAUCUCGCGUCAAUACCUCAUGACGUAAGAAGAUAUUCCCACCAGGUUGCAGACUCGAUCGACCGACAGGUCGACCUGGCCGCCAAAACGAUCAAAGAUACGCUGUCGAAUCAAUCAUGGCUCCCUUCCUCCGUCCGACCGAUACAACCACCUCGUCCUCGUGCCCCUCAGUCUUUCAGCGAUCGUGCUUAUGAUUGGGUUCUUCGACACCGAGCAUGGAGUGCAGCUCUGCUCGCCUUUAUCGGAACCACUUCUGUUCUAUACCUUGGCAGCAAGAAGUUCGGUGGCAAACGGAGGAAGGCUAGAAGAGCCGGAAAUGGUGCUCGGAAGGAGAUACUAGUUGUCGUCGGAUCACCGCUUGAACCGAUGACCAAAGCAAUUUCAGUCGAUCUGGAACGCCGAGGGUACAUCGUGUACGUUACAGUUUCGUCUGCAGAGGAGGAACAUAUCAUCCAGUCACAAAAUUCAGGGGACAUUCGAGCCCUCUGGCUUGACCUGACAGUGUCGCCCUCGUCGCCUUCAGAGCUCCAUCCGUCGUUACAUGAAAUCCGGUCCUUGAUCACCCAGCCGCAAUCGCCGAUGGCAGGCGUACCGCCACACACCUGUCAACUUAGCGGAGUCGUCCUCGUUCCCUCUCCGAGCUACGUGACUGGCCCCGUCGCUACGAUCCCCCCUUCCGCAUGGGCCGAUAGCAUCAACACGCGGUUGUUGUCGCCUAUCCUGACGACUCAGCUUCUUUUGCCCCUUCUCACCCUCCGCAGCACAAGCAGUACCAUCGUUCUCGUCUACCCCUCGAUUUCAUCUUCGUUGUCAGCUCCGUUCACAGGCCCAGAGGUCACCAUUACCCGUGCCAUGGCAGGCUUUGCGACGUCACUUCGACGAGAGCUCUGCCUCCUGCAGCACAGCAAUAUUGAUGUCGUGGAGUUGAAACUUGGAAACGUCGAUCUCGGACCGCAGUAUCGCAGCCCGCAGAGCCACAUCACCGGAACGGAGGUUCUCGCAUGGAGCACACAACAGCGAUCCCUCUACGGCUCGCAGUACCUUUCCAGCAUUGAACAGCGGCCGGUCGCAUCGGCCGGACCCGGCACGAUACGCGGUUCUCCGGCUAGGCACCUCCACUACGCGUUGAUGGACGCGUUGGAGCCGCCUUCGAAGGAUAUAUUUGGACGGAAGAAGUCCAAGACGCCGGUCUUCUAUGUCGGGCGAGGUGCGCGCACCUACAGCAUCAUCGGCGAGUGGGUUCCGGCCGGCUUGGUUGGAUGGAUGCUCGGCCUGCGCAGUGGACAAGCCACCGCGACGGAGAGUGCCAGCGGAAGCAGCAGCAGCGAGACAAGCUGGGAACGGGUAUAA